AUGCAACACGCCAAAGUCCUCAUAGUGGGCUGCGGUUCUGUAGGAACCAUGUGUGCGUUUGCUCUUCAGAAGUCCGGAAACGCCGAGGUCACUGCUAUUCUCCGGUCCAAUUAUGAUCUAGUCCAGACCCAAGGCUAUCACAUCCAGAGCAUUGACCACGGGGAAAUUGCUGGCUGGAAACCCCAUCACAUGGAAAGAUAUCUAGAAGACGCACUACAGCAUGGCCCUUUCGACUUUGUCUUGGUGGCUAUGAAAAACUUGCCUGAUGUGUACACAAUCCCAGAUAUUAUUGGUCCCGCGAUUGCACCCCAAACAUCAAUCGUGCUCGUUCAGAACGGCAUUGAUAUUGAGCCACCAUUACUCGAAGCCUUUCCGAACAACAUUUUACUCUCAGGCGUCCCACUGAUAGGGUGCGAACUCAACGGACGCGAGAUGUUGCAUAAUGACCCAGAUAUCCUUCAGCUUGCGUACUGGCCAAAUCCAAAGUUUACACCUGAGAACCAGAGCACCGCGUGCGCCGCUUUUGCUCGGAUUUACAACAAUGGUGGUGCCAAAUGCAACAUCCAGACGGAUAUCUCUUGGUUCCGAUGGCGAAAGCUCAUAUGGAACGCUUCUUUUAACACCGUCUGUGCCAUAACGAAUUUGGACUCGGGCGCCAUUCAGGAUGCUGGUGGUCUGGACACCCUGAUCCGCCCAGCCAUGAGAGAUGUUGUGGCAGUUGCCCGAGCAGCGGGGCAUAUCUUCUCCGAUGAGAUCUUGGAUGACAUGGUUGCAUUCACGCCCAAAGAAGCCCGUCUGAAGCCGAGUAUGCAGGUUGACGCGGUGAGGCAGAAGCCAAUGGAGAUCGAGGUGAUCUUAGGAAAUCCUAUCAAAACCGCGAAGAAACCUGGCGUGCUGGUUCCAACUUUGGAAUUUCUCUACAGCCUUUUGCAAACCAAGCAGUGGAGUUUCUUGAAUUUGGAGGAGUGA